CCGCGUUGGCCGAUUGUCGUCAGUUCUACUCCGCUUUGUCGCAAGGUGCUUAUUCGAUGGACACCGGUAUACUUGUGCUGUAGUGGCAUAAGGCUCCGUGCAAGAUCUUUUCAUCGACUCUCCCUUGCCCGUCGUUGUCCGGUGCCGCCCUCCGCUCCCCACAUGUCUCGCGCAUCGGCUAUACCAACGUCUAUUCUCGGAGCCCGGCUUCCUUCUGUCAUCCUUGAAUCGGUGUCCCGAUAAGUCGCGUACACUCAACACUGAUUGUACUCGCGUCGCGGCGUUUGAUUGUCGGCGACAUGGCGACGGCAAUUUCGAAACCUACCUCACAUACCCCCAAGAUGAAGCGGCCGCCCCCGCCUUUCGUCCCAGGUGGUGUUAAUGGGGUCAAGCCUCAGCAGUCAUCCUCCUCUUCCUCCCCACCCUCCACAUCGAAACGUCUGCCUGGUUCUAAUCAGCCGACUUCCUCACCCGCCACUAAUGGUCUGGUCACGAAUGGCAUCAAUGGCUCGGCCAAUUCGAACUCCACCUCGACCAAUAAUUCGAACAGGGGUCUCCUCAACCGUCCCAAGAAAGAUGCGCAGAAGCCGGGGAUCAGGCUUAAAACAACUUCCUACAUCCUGAGAAAAUACUCUAAAUGCCCUCCUUCUCUGAUCGUACACCUUCACCCUACUCAUUUCCGGUUUGAACAACAAGAUGGCAGUUUUCCCUACAACUCCGAGAUGAAGGUAGUCAUCGAGCAUAUCCGUGCCGGUACUGUUCCCCAUGACAUGAUGGAGGAGUUAUUACGAGCCAACGUUCGAUUCUACGAAGGUUGUCUCAUAGUUAAGGUGGUGGAUCACAAGUCAGUGUCGGCCCAAGCCAGAAAGUCGACUGCGCCGUCAACGAAUGGGAACAACACACCUUUCUCGAUCCAUAACUACAAUGAACACAUCACUCCGUCGGCUUAUGUGCCAUAUCCGAAGCAAAACCAGUUAGCCUCCGAGGCCGCUGUUACGAAGACAGAUGCGGCUGCCGGCAGCCAGUCAGACGAGAAGGGCAAAGGAGAGCAAACAGGCGAUUCGGACAGUUCUAACAAGGAGAAUGAGUCGGAUGCAUUACAAAAGCAGACCCCGGCGAAGCCACGCGUGUUCACGACCGUCCUUCACCCUACUCCUCACUCGUUACAGGCGGAACUCACGUUACUUGCUACCACGCCUGAUCCUCGUGCUGCGAAACAGUCCGCCACACACUCGAGCACCCGCCCGCAGCCCUCAUCUUCCACAGCCCCGCAGUCUCCAGUGGUGGCUUCCAAUCCACCGGACCGAGGCCAUGCUGCAAAGCGACAGAAGAUGCUAGUGGAACCGCAGGAUCUAUUGGAAUGUGAAUCUAAACUAACGCGAGCAUUGGCACCGCCUCUUUUCUUGGAUCCAGUGAACAGUCUGGAAGCAGCGCAAGACCUACUGAAAUAUUUGGAAAGUCCCCUUCAUUGCGCUCCACCCCCGUCUCCGAAGAGAAGAAAGCGUACUGUGGCAGAGCUCGCUGCCGACGAAGCCCUCGCGGCGGAGGAGGAGCGUUUUAUGCUCAUCAUGGACGAAAGAUUGGAGCCGGCCACGUCAGGAGCUGCUGGUGGACCCAAAUCCGCUGUUGACGACACCGGUGGUGGUGCGCCAUUCGAACCGCGCUUCUCAAGGUUCAAGACACUGGAGAGUAUCCGCAUGCAGCAUGAGGAGAAGGCCAAGCGGGAACACGAGGUCAAAGUUAAGCAAGAAAUGGCCAAGCGACAGCAACAGGAACAAGAAAGAGAGAGGCGUCGGCUGUUGGAGCAGCGUCAAGCAGAGGAGCAUGCCAAAGAGGAAGCUCGAAGGCAACAUCUGGCCGCGCAACAGGCCCAGGCACAGCUUGCUGCACAGCAGCAGAACCGACAUGUCAUGACACAGGCAAACGGGGUCAGCCAGGCUCCCCAAUCGUCACCAGUGGUUCGCAAUCAGACACCUCUCAACGCCUCGUCACCACUGGUCGGCAGUACCAUGGUCACACAAGCCGGGUGCAGGAAGCCCACCGCGACCCCGUCGGCCUUACAACACGGUCAUCCGAAUAUGAUGAGCCAUCCAAUGGCGCCCUCGAGAAGCCAGCAGGGUCAGAGUCGGCAUGGCACUCCUCAGAUGACUCAGGGAACACCUGCCAUGUCUCAUGCAACUCCGAUCAUGCGCAACGUCACGCCUACUCAGCGCAUGAGCCACGGCAGCCCAAGCCAGUCGACUAUGGCUCCAACACCGGUAAUGAGCCAAGCCAUGAUGAACACCCCACAGAUGGGAGGCGGUAUGGGUCUUACGCCUCAACAACAGCAAAUGAUACUGCAGAGGCAGCAGUUACUCGCGCAACACGGACAACUCGGGCCCGCUCAGUUCACACCGCAGCAGCUUGCGCAAUUGCAAGCGAACGCGCAUGCUCAGCAAAACAUUCAGUCACAUCAGCAGCAGAUGAUGCAAGCUCAGCAGCAAAAUCAUCAGGCGCAGCAACAGAAGCUGGGGAAUCAGCAAACGUAUCAAGCUUCACUGCUGCGGAACCAGUGGACCCAGAUGCAGAUGGCUCAGCAGCAGCAGACGCAAGGCCAGCAGCCACAGGCUCAACAAGGCCAGGUCCAUCAGGGCAGCCCGCAAAUGACUCCUCAGCAGCAGCAGCAGAUGAUGAUGGCGGCAGCUGCUCAGGCCAAUGCUGGACACAUGCCGCAGAAUUUCCAGGGCGUCAAUAUGGCACAGCGGUACAGCCAACUCUACCAACAGCGCCUUUUACGUCUCCGGCAGGAGAUGUCUACUCGAUUUAUGGCUCAAUAUGGGCCCCCAACGCAAUAUCCGCCCCAUAUUGCACAGCAGUAUAGCAUUGGACUCGAGCGGAGCGCCAAAGCCUGGGUGCAAGAGAUUAUACGGCGCGAACGUGAAGCGGCUCAGCAGCAACGUGCCUCGCAAGUGGCAGCUGUUCAGGCGCAGGUCAUGCAGCAGCAACAACAGCAGAAUAUGAUGCACAAUGCCAUGGGGAAGUAGUUUGAUUUCUUUCUUUGUUACUCUUUCAGCGUUUCGGGAUAGGCGAUGGGCGAUCUAAUGAGAUCUCUGGGUUUGUUAUCGCCAUGCAUUUGAAUCUACCUUCGUGUGGUCAUCUAUUGCCCCGAGAUGGGCCUUUCAGAAG